CCUUAUCUACACGAAUCGCGACAUCGGCAUGCUUGCAAUCGUCCACGGGGAAAGGGAGGGAGGUUCCUGACGGCGGAGGAGAUUGAUGCAUUGAAGAAGGACGAGGCCGGCAGUGCAGCUGUAUGAUAGAAAGGGGGACACGCUCAUGUUGUUCAUUCCGCCAUGUUGUAUUGGGGAAGAACUGCCCGAGGUAGAUGUAAAAGCAUAGGUUGAGACUGCCACGUCCCAUCUCGCAUGGUGGAGGUGGUCCAGUAAAUUCUGACAGCUCUAUUAUUGCUUCAUUCAAUCUCCAUUGAGCCUUGCGUCCGACCUCGACACAUUGACCGACCAGCGGUCUGCCCCGGACAGGGUAGACUCAGUCGCGUGUCGGGAGCAAGAUGCCGGGAUCCCCUACUGAAAGGGGCAGAGUGGUGACGCUGGAGUCAUUCAUCAUCGAUACCUUCAAACGGAUUGAUGACGAUGGAGUCGAGCACCCGGUCAACAGGCCAAACGAAAUUGGAGGCGCCGGACCAUAUGCUCUCGUCGGAUCUCGUAUGUUUCUUCCUGCGGACAUGCUGGGCAUGAUACUGGACUAUGAAUCAUCUUCUUUCCCCGAUCACAUGGCGAGUCAAUUACAAACCUACGGCGAAGAGAUGUGGUUGUUCAGGGAGAGACAGGACAACAUGGCAACGACCAAAGCUGUGAACAAGUACUACAAAGAAACCAGGCUAUUUGAAUACCUCAACACACCGAUCCUCAAUACGCCCAACAGCUUAGUCAAAACUCGUCUAGCUCGACCUCCACCUCAAAUUAUCCAUUUUGUAUCGCUCGUGAAUCGAGCUCUGGUGGUCCUCUCCGAAGUGGAAGAUCUCCGCGAGGACGGAUGGGAUCCAAAGCUAUUCUGGGAGCCUGAACCCACCACUUGCCAUCCGCAGUACCUCGAUCUCAUCCUGACGAUUGGAUCUCAAGUGGAUAUCCUCAGCCCAAAUCACGCCGAAGCAUUCAAUCUCCUUUCGAUGGAGGAACCCGAAGAUGUAACGACCGAGACCGUCAGACACUUGGUUGAGAAAGCAACCUUGCAACUCUCUCGUUGCCGUCCAAAGAUUGCUACAGUUGUCAGAGCCGGAUCCCUAGGAUGCUGCUACGUCGAGACGGUAGCCAAUUGGGAACAAAGCGAGAUUGCUUGGAUCCCGGCGUAUUGGCAAACACAGAAUCCAGAUGACGGUUGUCUCUCUCCCUCCUCGGAUACUCCUGUUCACACCAUUACGUCCGUGCUUCACAAGUCUACGGAUGAUAAAGGCAAGGGCAGAGAACAAGACACACUUUCAUUGGGUCGUGACGUCAGGCAUCCUCGAGUGGUUGAUCCCACCGGCGCAGGCAACGCUUUCAUGGGCGGGCUCGCAGCAGCUUUCAGCCUAGGGUGUGAUAUCGAAGAAGCCUGUAUCUGGGCGAGUGUGGCAGCCUCAUUCACGAUCGAGCAACAUGGUUUACCUCACAUCAAAAACGUUGGCGGAAAAGAAUUAUGGAACGGUGAUGCCCCAAUGGACAGGGUGGAAAAGCUUUCUAAAAGGCUUGCAUGGGAUCAAGCGGUAUAGAGUGUCCAUAGAUGAUCGUUGGGCGAGAGUGCAGAGCUAAGGCGGGUGGCAAGAGUCAGAAUGACAUUACGUAAUUCCAGUCCACUGGUCCGAGCCCCCGGGAAAAAUUUCCGGCCAUCGAUGUGCCAACACC